AUGAGUUCUGCUCUGUUGUGGGGUGCAUUGAGUUCUGCUCUGUUGUGGGGUGCAAUGAGUUCUGCUCUGUUGUGGGGUGCAAUGAGUUCUGCUCUGUUGUGGGGUACAAUGAGUUCUGCUCUGUUGUGGGGUGCAAUGAGUUCUGCUCUGUUGUGGGGCGCAAUGAGCGACAUCCUGAGCGGCGUGUGCAACGUGGGGCUGUGGGACGUGGACGCGCUGCGGGGCUUCGUGCUGGCGCCGCUGUGCGUCUACCUGGUGCUGGGCACAGUGUUCCUGCUAGCCGGCUUCGUCUCGCUGUUCCGCAUCCGCACCGUCAUGAAGCACGACGGCACCAAGACCGACAAGCUGGAGAAGCUCAUGAUCCGCAUCGGCGUCUUCUCCGUGCUGUACACGGUGCCGGCGCUCAUCGUGAUCGCGUGCCUUUUCUACGAGCAGGCCUACUUCGACAGCUGGAUGCUGACGUGGAACCACAUCAUGUGCCAGCUGCCCUACUCCAUCCCGUGCCCGGCGCGCACGCGCGAGCUGGGCCGCAAGCCCGACUUCGAGGUGUUCAUGAUCAAGUACCUUAUGUGCCUCAUCGUGGGCAUCACCUCCAGCUUCUGGAUCUGGUCCGGCAAGACCUUCACCAGCUGGAAGGAGUUCCUCUAUCGGCUCCAGGGCCGCAGGGACGAGGCCUACGUAUGAAGUGCCCGACGCGACUCGCGCGUCCUAAUGGCGACGCUUUUUGCUUUUGUUUUGUUCUUACGUGCACGAACUCCCGUGGCGACGAGUGGUCCUGGAGGAGUGAGAUUCUAUUUUUAUUUUUAUUAUUUUUUUUUUCGAUGCGGUUUUCUUUCGGAAGGAAAUAAAAAUUAGCGGAAGUGACUUUUGCUCCAAUGUGGAGCGAAAUGUUUGAUGUAUUGUGCCACUAAUACUACGUUUAUAAGUGUGCUUAAGUUACUUUUCCUGUUAUUCUUUGGGCUUACACGUAUUUGUAGGACUGAUGUUAUAUCUAUUCACAAAUCUUAUUCGACGUUUCCGCUGUUGCAUCGCGUUUUCGGAGGGCUCAUGUCAAUUAAUGGCCUGAUAUAAAUGCUCUCUCUAUUAUCGAAAAUGGAUAUUAUUUUAUGUUUCAAUGUUCUUCAUUGACCUCUGUAUUUCUCUUUUUCUCGUUGUAUACUUGAUACAGUCUAGCCAUUGACGUGUUGCCGCCUAACUAUGGAAUUGAAUGUAUGUAUGUAUAUAUGUAUGUAUAUUUAACCAAUUUAUUAUUUUCAUUAAAAAUAGAGAAUGGAUGCCAAAAUGUCAAUAGAAAAUGUAAUACUAAGUAGGCCUAUUGGGAAUGCCUUUGUUAGCAUGAUAUGUACCUUAUUUUGUAGUUUUGAGAGACCAGACUGGCAUUUGAUAUACAGAAUUUUGUGGAUUGAAAUAUUCAGGGAGAAUAAUUUUCGAAUAAUUUUUGUCAAAAUCAUGGCAGUUUGUCAAAAGUUUGUGUCAUUGGGAAGGAAAUAAUUCCACAUAUCACUACAGUCGCUCAAUCAUUAUGCAUCAUUAACAUCAAUUAUACAUACAUGUGCAAAUUGUUGGUAAACAAAAUAUAAUUUGAUCAAAGUCAAGUUGAGUCAACCAUUUAUUUGCCCAAUUAUCUUGAAAUAGUUGAAAUUUUAGCCACUGCCAAAAAAUUGGUGGCAAAAUAUCUCAUCCAUCACACUAAAUAUUAGGAUUCAGAUUUGUAAUGUUCUAAAUUGGCAACUCAAGAAACCUGAAAUUAAAAUAACCUGUGAUUGAGUAGUAAAACAGACAAAUGCAUGAUUAUAUGCCAAAUUUAUUACCUGAACUCACAUUUGGCCUAUAAUAUUGUUUUUUGGAGUAUCUUAGAAAGAGAUUCCUAGUGACUUAUUAAGUGACUUGAACCAAGAUAAAUUGCCUUAAUACACCUCGAACGUCCACAUAAAUAGUAGAAUCCAAACAUAAAUUUGAAGAAAUACUUCUCUGUGGCUGUCUGUGAAUACCAUUAAGCAUACCUCAUUUGUGGUAAGAAAUGUGUAAAUAAAUGUAUUUAGAAGAAACAGCAUGUAGAUUCAAUGCCUGCACAACAAAUGUAACAUUUUAUACAUAAUGCAAUGUGUUUAGUUUUCAGUUUGAAUUAGUUUAUACUUCAUAAUAUCUGCCCUUUUGAUGUAACUUCAAAGAAUAAUAAAUUAUUUACGUGCAACUUGGCCUCAAAAAUUAAUUUAAAUACAUUGUGGUGUAAUGUUCAUUAAUUGAGGAGGCAUUUGUUUGCAAAAUGCUACUGCUUUGACACCUGUAUAUAUGUGAAGAAAAAUAAAUUAAAGAAGGUUAAGUCAUUGUAUUUUUUAAAUGUGUACAAAUAAUUAUGCUAAUAAAACUAUGUCAAAGAAGGCUUAAUUUGAAGCAGUACAAACAUUUGCAAAAAUGCAGAAUCUUUUGGCUGAUUCCAAAUUACACCAUUUACUUUUGGUAUCCUCCAUCUAGUCGUAUGCAACAGGCAGAUUGUUUACAGAAAUGUAUCAAUUUAAAAAUGGAUUGACAUAACAGAUUGGCAAAAGUGGUGAAACGAAAUUCAUAAUUUCACUGCCAAGGAGAUUUGAGUUCUGAAUGAUUAGAGGCACAAUAUGAACUCGCUUAGUCAUUGCAAAGGAACUAAAAUUGCCUAACAGAUUUCAAUACUGUUGUUAUAUUGUAUACUGUGUAUGCUAUGUUCUUUUGACAUGUUUGAUGAAAUUUCAAAAGUUUAUGUAACUAGAGUACGAUUUAAUAUGUAAUUAAAUGUAUAUGUUUU